AGUCUUUGGAAUAAUCUUCAAUUAAAUUAAUUUGUUAUAGCUUUUACGUAGGUGAUUUGGUUUUUAGUUCACCUAUUAGUAAUUUCAAAAAUUUCACGUUUUGAAUAUGUUCCGACCAGCCAUAAACGCACUUGAGACGACGGCACGCAUGCAUGGUGGUCGAAACUAUGGCAAUUCCUACUGUCCAGCCAAGUUUUCGAAGGAAGGUCCCUCCAAAGGUCAAUGCAAAAUUCGUGCUCAUUGCCAGCCCGCUCCCCCGUGUGAUGAAUCUAAGAAAUUUGUCUCAAUGUGGGAACCCCCAAAGGAUUUGCCCAAACCCUAUCCAUUUCGCUUUCCCGAUUUGCCAAAUGAAUGCUGCGGUGUACAUUGCGAAAAGCCACUACCCCGUUUCGAUGAGAUGUUCUAUCAGCCCUCCUGCAAGGAUGGCAAGUAUCAAAGGACAUGGGUCGAAUGUCCAGAGUAUCUGAUGCGUAAGCGAAAGACCUGUUGUUAUGACAAAUUGACGGCAUUAGCUCCAGCUAGACGUGUAAGUGCCAAACGAGGACGUCCACCGUGUCCGCCACCACCAAACGAUUGCAUUAAGGAUCACCGAGCCAAUCCGUGUCCCAGAUUUGCUCAGCUACCAGGUUGUCGUCCGGGACGUCGCCCACCAAAUUGCUUUAAGCCGCGAGCGCCCGCGUGCUGCCGCAAACUUUGCGCCCCGCAGCCCAGUUGGUCGGAGUGCAAAAAACCUGAACUGAUGAUACCCUAUCUACCGCCACCCGAAUGCUUUUGCCUCACACCUGUUAGCCAGUGUCGGCUGAUGGCAUAUAGAGAAUGGGUAAAGAAAUAUGGAACACCCAAAAACUGUGGCAGAACAAGGAAAUCCAUCAAGUAACAAAAAAAAAAAAGAGAAAAGGCGGUCGGAACCCAUUCAGAAAUAAAGAUUCAUAACAUUUAA